AUGACUGAUGAAUCAAGCCAUGCUUAUCGUUUCUCUGAUAUAGCUGGCGAAUCGAAUCGGAGAUUACCACCAAUCAGAGGUUUCGAGAAUAUGCCACUUGUAUCUCUCGAAGAGGCUACACAACCUCUAAUUGCUUAUGUUCCAGAAAUCGAUCAUAUGGUUUAUACAGUUAAAGGAAAUAUUACCAAUCCAAAACAUGAUUUAACUAUUGAUGAAUCUGCGUCGAUUGCAUUAUAUUCAUUGGAAUGGUUUCCAAGAGAAAACUCGUUUUAUAUAAUUCUUAACGAAACUUUACGAGGCUCAAAUCGAGCAGCAUUAUUACCACCAUGGUUCAAGUUUUUGAAAUUGUUUUUAACUGCUCUUUCCAAACUUCCGCCAAUUACCCGUCGAGCUAUUUAUCGAGGAGUUAAGUUAGACUUACGAAAACAAUAUACAAAAGGUACAAAAAUUGUUUGGUGGGGAUUUUCUUCAUGUACAUCAUCUAUUGAAGUUCUUGAAAAUGAGCAAUUUUUUGGAAAGACUGGCACAAGAACUUUAUUUACCAUUGAAUGUGACAAUGGUAAAGAUAUUCGCAAACAUUCAUUUCAUCAGGCAGAAGAUGAAAUACUUCUUCUUCCAGGACAAGAAUUCGAAGUUCACUCAUCUCUUGACAUGGGAAAUAAUUUUAUUAUGAUUCAACUCAAAGAGAUCAUACCACGAUUUCCAAACAUUGCAUCAAUUAAAACAUCAAAAUCUUCAGCAACAACAACAACCACCAUGACUACUACUACAUCUACAAUUAGCAUCGCUGCUAUGCCAUCUUUAGUACUAAAUGUGGUUCCUGAGCUGAAACCUUACGUCGAAUCGCGAGAAGUAUCUUAUAAAGACCGAAAAAUAACAGAUACCGAUAUCCAACGUAUAAUCAACGAAGCACUAAUUCAACAACAAUGUACAGAACUCAACUUAUCUAAGAAUAAAAUCACACAUGAAGGUGCUGCGGUGUUAGCCAAAGCAUUGCGAACUAAUAUGGCACUCACCACACUUCAUCUCGGUUAUAAUCAAAUCGGAGAGAAGGGAGCACAACACCUUGCUGAUUCAUUAAGAACCAAUACAACACUCACCACACUUCAUCUCGGCUAUAAUCAAAUCGGAGAGAAAGGAGCACAACACCUUGCUGAUUCAUUAAGAACCAAUACAACACUCACCACACUAAGUCUCUCGUUCAAUCAAAUCGAGAGAAAAGUUCUAGAUCGUGUGAAUGAACUUAUUCAGAUGAAUAAACGAUUGGCUAAAUCGUAA